GCGUCGCGAAUGCGCGUCAUCGAAAGUCCCGCGAGUUAUUUCUUUCGCAUAAUCUCAUUGUUUUAUUGAGUUGACAAACUUUUGUUUUCAUUAAAAGGUAACAUUUUCUUUAUCAAAAUCAAAGUAUAAUUGAUGUGUUGUUGUCUUGUGUUGAAUAUUUCGCGUUAAGCCGGGUCGUUGAAGUACCGUGCGAAUUAUAUUCUCUUUUUCACGCGGAGGGUUUUAAUUUUUUUUGUUCGUGCAGUAAGCAUUCGGCGCGCAGCGCCAUCGAACAAAGGCGACGUUUCAUGAGAACGACAGAGACGCGAUAACGCGUGAGUGUAAAAGAGAGAAGAGUGGUUUUCUUUUUUUUCUACUGGUUCUCAAUGAAAACCGUGCUUGAGCAAAAUCUCGAGGUCGUGUUACAGAGAGCGCGAUAUUCCUUCGCGGACAAUAUAGUUUUUGGUUUGCGAGAAGAACGCGGCGGCAGCAGCGGUAGCGCGAAAUAAGAGAGAAAGAAAAAACGGAGAAAAAAACGUGAGCAAAACGAAAAACCUCCGACGAAACGGUCGGGUCGGCGUGCGCGAAGGAUCGAUUCAGUGUUCUCGUUGUGUUGAACAGUGGCGCACGGGAUUUUGGCAAGAAAAGCCUCGUUCCUCCGUACCGCUCGCUUUUACGCGAGCGUGUGUACGUACGUGCAAUUUCGAGUGAGUGUUCGGUGCAAUUCCUCGCGUUGAUACAUCGUGUCCUAUCCUGUGAGAAUAGCCCGGUGUAAAGUGGAGUGGGGGAAAGGGGUGUUGAAAAUUCGUGGAAAAGCAAAGAAAAAAAAUCGAACAAAACAGUGCGAUCGAAUGAGAGAGUAAUGCCGGAUUGGCGACGCUGGUACGAGUUAUGAUGUGUUUUAUCGUAUACGCGUGUUUUAACGAAAUAUUGUCAUGUAGUUUUUCAAGCGAUAUAAUGUGAAGAGAGCGACGUCUCUCGUGUAAACGCGCGGCGUACGCGUGUGUGCCUAUAAGCGAGAACCAAGUGUUGUUCUCAUCCCCCGUUUACCCCGCCUCACCCCUCAUCUACUCCUUCACUACCGCGCUCUUUCGCCGCUCUUCCCCCCUGCCCCCUACCCUUCCUGCCUCUCCCUGCCCCGCGUUACCCGCGGGGACUUAUGGGAAUGGCGCGCAAAUGUUGCGUGAGAAAUUGCGAGAGCGACGGUAAAGAAGUGCGUUAUAAGGGUUUGCCCUUACACAAAUUUCCUAGAGAUCCUGUUUUACGGAACAAGUGGCUCGGUAAUGGCACUUUUGAACCUCAUUUCAAACCUACCACCGGCCAAUUCGUCUGCCAUAGACAUUUUACGCGAGCUGACUACGAGAUUAUCAAGGGACACAAGUUCAUUCUACGUAAGGGCUCUGUACCCACGAUCUUCGAGAACUACGACAAUCAUCCCGAUCCAUUAACAAUGCCAGUGAAAAGCAACAUCUCGUAUCCCCAGGAGGAUCUAGAUCUAAUAAACUCGGAGAUAUUGAAUAUGGACAAUGCAGGAAGCGGGGAAUCGUCCAUGUUUGCCGAAGCAAGAACACCCAAAUCGGACAGUUGUGGCGAAGCCUGUAAUUCUAGGCCAGGUUCAUCCGCAGACUCUUUAAAUCCGUCCGAAAUGACAGAUGCAACGGAUGCUGGCUUCAAGUCGUCAGGAGAAAAUGAGGAACCUUUAAGAUCCGUGGAAAUUCCAUUGGAUGCGGCGGAGUACAAGUUGGAAGUGGGCAAAGAUGAAUAUUCUGUUAUGAAAACUAAAAUGGGCUUCAUGGAAGAAGAAUCUAAAGCCAUCAAGGAAGAGUUUGAACCUACAAAUACAACAGAGGAAAAAAUAAUCGUAAAAAGCGACGAGACAAAGCCGAAACCAAACGUAAAUUGUGGAUCAUUGAAUUUUAAUCCAGGCGAUAGAAUCGAAGCCAAAGAUUUCAAUGACAAAUGGUAUUCGGCACGAGUGGUCGAAACCGACUGGGCCGAGAGAGAAGUUUUGAUACAUUUUGACAAAUCGAGCUCGAGAUUCGACGAAUGGAUCCCUAUGGAUAGUUCCAGACUCAGAGUUCUACAAAUGCAGUCAAGUGAACAAGUUUGGGUGCUACCGAGUCCGGAAACGAAAAUGAGGCAACGAGAUGAUUUUGAUGUUGGGGAGAGAAUUUUAGCUACGUGGGCGGACGGAAGAAAAUAUCCAGCCAAAGUAAACGCUGUGUUGGGAAACGACAGAUACGACGUUCUGUUCGAUGACGGAUAUGCAAAAAUCGUGAGAUCUUCGAAAAUCACGAAGAUCGCGUCGAGCACGGGAAAAAAAGCGAUGGAAACAGAUUCUUAUAUCGGCAGCAAACAAGAGAGAAGAGACAAAAAGCGCAAACAUACGGUUAUGGAACUCUUCCAAACGCAUCCAAGGAAGCGCAGCAAGCCUGAAAUAACAGCUGUUAAGAAAGAUGGAAUAGUGGCUUCGGAAGAUGCUAAUAAUUAUAGCCUUGAUAGCAGCCUUGAUCUUGAUACCUCUGCUAUUGGCACUUACUAUGAUUCUGGAGCAGAAUUACUUCGUGGCUUUGAAAAUCCUAAACCGAAGAUCAGAUCUUACACCAAAAAAAUCAAGCGUGAUGCGAUUAAGAACGAUACUGAUCUGGAGGAUGACAUUGGACCUGAAUGGAUCGACGGGGAGCCUCAAGGCGUUGAGGGAUUCAUCGUUGAUAGCAAUGAGAUUACCGGAACACGUCGAUCGAUAAUCGUUGCAGACAGGAGAUUGCCUCCGAUAUGGCAGAAACACUUUACCCAAAGAAGGGCGGGCACAUCCGCUGGAAAGUGGGACGUUCUUUUCGUACAUAAGCCGAGCGGAAAAAAGUUUCGCUCAAGAAGUGACAUCAAAACGUUCAUCGAAAGUCAAGGCUGUGAAUUCGAUUCGGACAUGUUUGAUUUUUGCAUUCAUCGUCGGAAGAGCAAGAAUUCAAUCGCCAGAAUAAAGCACGAGACUUCAGGAGAAGUUCCGAAGAAAAUCAAAACUAUCCUGCCGAAGACGAAAGCUACUCCUUCGACGCCCGAUAAUUCGUUGCCCUUGUCCUCUACUCCUGCGGAUUCUUUAGUUCCGAUAACACCCACGACAACACCUGUCGAAGAUGGAGGAACGAUAUAUUCGGUUUUCAUCGGAAGUUUGCGGGUUGAGAUGGAAGAUAGUCUCUUCAAAUGUCCCAAAGAAGGAUGUUGCAAGAAUUUUCGCAAAGAGAAUCUCUUGCAAAUGCACAUAAAGCACUACCAUCCAGAAUAUUCCAAGUUUUUGGGCUCGACACCGAACGUAGCGGAUCUGGCGUAUGCUAGAACGAUCGGAGAGUCGGUGAUCGAUGUGACACCAAAGAAAUCGUCCAACAACUUUUUGGACAAGAUCAAUAAAUUUGAGAAGAGAAAAGCGGCGCACGAGAAACAGAUUUUGCCGGGGAAUCAAAUGAUUUCGUCGCCAGGACAAACAAUUCCGUUGAUCGCAACGUCUCCGCUUCCGGCAAUAAAUUCCAGUUCGGACAUUGUCGGAUCGGACAAAAUCUCUGGAACAACUAUUCGCGACUGCAACGAUUCGAAAUUCGAGCUUAUGUCGCCAGUGUCGAACGCAAGCAUGGAUGUCGACGAAGAAUCGACGAAAAAAAUCGAAGCCAAUUGUGCAAUGUCGCCCGGAGCACUUUUCGAUUUGAAAAUUCGCGAGGAAAAAAAUCAAAUUGGUAUCAAAACUUUGCUGCCCGUAAGACCCUCGGUCACUCCUACGGAUUCUUCAAGAUUCGAUCGAUCCAAAUCGCUCGACGAAGCUGUUCAAAACGAGAAAAUCAAGGGAUCCAGAAAACGUCAACUUUCCGAGUACAGCACCGAAUCUUCAAAAUCUAAAGGAAGGCCAAGCAUGCAGGAGCUUACGGAUGAUUAUGGGGAUUUAGAUGACAGUGCAUUGGAUGCGGAGGGGCCAGCGGGUCUCGUUUAUAGAUUCAGUCGUAGGAAAUCAGACGCAAAGAGCGACGAAAACAGCCAAAGCAGUCAGCUAAAUGAUUCACGUCUCGAAAAAGCCGAUAACCCCAAAGGGGAUGCAUCUAAAACAGAUAUUAGUAUCGAGACUGAAGACGGAGAAGGUGUCAUGAUGAUGAUCAAUGGCGAAAUGGUCAAAGUCGAACAGCUCCGACGAGAAGAAAUUAUCAAUUGUACCUGUGGCUUCAUGGAAGAAGAUGGACUCAUGAUCCAAUGCGAUCUUUGCCUUUGCUGGCAACAUGGCCAUUGCAAUGCCAUUGAACGAGAGAAAGAUGUGCCGGAAAAAUAUAUUUGCUAUAUUUGCCGUCAUCCUUAUCGACAACGCCCGUCUAUGAAGUAUUUGCAUGACCAGGAAUGGCUCAAGGAUGGCAAGUUGCCGAGCUUAACAAAACGAACCAAAGAUCAAGCAGCUAUAAACCGGAGGACGGCGAUGCUGAAGCGAUCUUUUGAUCUCGUAGCUGCGUUAUUGCAAAUUCAGCAGAUUCUUCACAGUCUUCGCGUGAAAAUUAGCGUAGCCCAAAAAAAGGAUCAUCCGAAAUUGUACUUAUGGGCUAAGAAUUGGGAAAAGUCGGAAGUAAAAGAGCCGAUGACCGAGCCUGUGCCGGUGAUGCGAAUCGUUAAGAAGACGGUUGAAACCCCUGAUUCUGGCACGGAAACUCUCAUCGAGCCAAAAGCUGAGAUACCUAAUGUCGUGAAAGAGGAUUUCGAUGAAAAAUCCAUCGCGUCGGACACAGAACUCAUGAAGAUUCUAGAAGAAGACAGCACGCAUUCGGAAGAAACAAAAGUCGAUUGCAAAAAACGGGAAGCGAAAAUUCCGAAUGGGGAAAUCGACGCUUCGAAGGAAAAAGAUGCAUCUCCGAGUGAAAAUGAAAAUGGCGUUGCUACGACGGAAAUGAAGAAAGAUGAAGAAAUUGAAUCGAAGGACGAGUCAUUGACUAAAAAGUCGUCGACAAAUCCAGCAACUUCUGAAGUAACGAUACCGAUGAAUUCCGCAGUCACCGAACCAAAACAGGAAUCGACCACGCCACCCCAACCUUUCGUCCCCGAGCCUGAAGCCCCCAUCGAUCCGGACGAGUGCCGACAACGUCUUCUCGAGCAUAUCGAACACUUUCAGAAUCACAUAGAUUCACAAUUGACCACUAUCGAGGCACAAGUCUCCGUUUUGGAGACGAUGGAUCCCGAUAAUGGAGCUCUUUCGACAGACGUGCAACGUCGAACAAAGCAAACCAUGCAAAUGCUUAUGCGUGAUUUACGUACAGUUCGAAAGCUGGCAGCCCUUUGCUGAAAUUUUAUGAAAUCUCGAGGCCUCAACACUAAUUUUCCAUAUUAACAUCAUGGGAUGUGAAUUAGAACGUUCAAUUAUUAGUUUGCCUUUCGGUUUUCAUACUCUUCAAGUUUGAUCCGAAACAUUGCGGAUUGAAAUAGGAACGUUUAAAUAUAUAAAUAUGUAUAUUAUUUUUAUGAAAUUGCGCAUCAAACUGUUAUUUAUAUUCUUUAUUUAUAUUAAUCGUCGAUUCUUUCACGGUGUAUUCAUUUUACAACUUGUGUUGGAAUAUUAAGAAGAAAAAUUAUUGUUCUAUCAUUUAUAAUCUGUUUCGAAGUAAAAGAAACAAAAAUAAUUGUAAAAAAAAAUAUUCAGCCAUCUUCAUCCGAGAUCUCCGAAUGGAUUCCGUGCGUUGAUCUCCGUGUGAAUAUUGUCAAAACCUGUAAAAGCACAGCCGAAUGUUUAUCCGUGUUUCCUAACGCGUCUAACAUUCUCGCAAGAAACUGGAAGAGGGAGAAAAAGUUGAAAAAUAAUUAUCAACAAAACGAA